AUGGAUCCCAUCACCAGCGGUCUCACUAUUCUUCAGCUCGUUCAAACAAUAGCCCAAGCUUCAGCUCUCUUGUAUGGAUAUGUUGCUUCCGUCUGCAACGCCGACUCGUCCUGUCAAGAUUUGCUCAAUGAGCUCAGUGCAGUUGGUGGCGUCCUCACUACAGUCAUGGCGAUCGAGAGGGACGACUCUCUUCCACCCAAUCUCAGCCAUGCACUUUCAACCCUGAUGGCUACAGACGGACCGGUCGCAAAAUUACUGGUGGAACUAAAGAGCAUUCUGCCAAACGAACAGGUCGGGAAAAUGAAGACGAUUUCCAGAUUGACGUGGCCAUUCAAAGAAAAGGAAGCAGGCGCGAUCAUCGAUAGAUUGAAAAACUACUGUGGCGAGAUUACGAAAAUGUUAGCAAUUGACACAUGGAACACGCUCAAGGAAGUCAAGCAUGAAAUCCAGCAAGUCAAUUGGAUACUCCAGGAACAUUCUGCUGCACAAAAGGUGCGCGAACAAGCCAAGGAACGUCGAGAGUUACUUGAAUGGAUGAACCCUGUGUCUUGUGAAGAAAAACAUGCCACCUCCCAUGGCCAGCGCAACCCCGGGACCGGUCGUUGGAUUUUCCAAAACGAUCAGUUUGUAGCUUGGAACAACUCGGAUCGCGCAUUCCUAUGGUUGAAUGGCCAGGCUGGUCACGGAAAGACUAUCCUUGCCUCAGCCGUCGUAGACGAAUUCCAGGGUAGCAAUCAAGCAAAGCCACAGACGCUCGCCUUCUUCUAUUGCAAUUUCCGAGACGACAGGACGACAAACGCGGCUGCAGUAUUGCGCUCCUUGGUUGUUCAGCUGCUUCAACAAUCUAAAGACGACUGGAUCACAAAGAUAGGCGAGCAGCAAGAAUCAAACACAGAACGGGACCUUGAUUCUCUGCGAAAGCUCUGGAAGCACCAGCGCGAUGGAAAGCCGCAUCCCAUAGAUCUGGGGUUUCUACUGAAGCUUCUUGUUGAAGCGUCUACGCUGGUUUGUCGACCAGUCCUCGUGAUUGACGCCUUGGACGAAUGCAGGGACUACCCCGAAUUGGUCGGGCAUCUUGUGAACCUUGCUGAAGACACUCGGUUACGACUUUUCGUUACCAGUAGAAGCGAGCCAGACAUCCAAGACGCCUUUUAUGGUCUUCCCACCAUGCUGCUGAAGGACAGCGCAGAACAGAUGAAAGCAGAUAUAUGUGCGCAUAUUACUGAGCAGCUCAACACUCAGAAGAAAUUAUCACGCCUACCCCACGAGCUGAAAAAGACAAUUUUGGAGAAAUUGUUAGGAAAAGCAGAAGGCAUGUUUCGCUGGGUUCAGUGUCAACUGGACGAAAUCGUGGCUUGCAAAAGACGUAUCGACAUUGAGGCGGCCCUCGAUAACCUUCCAGCUGGACUCUACGAGACGUAUGAUAGGAUUAUUCAGGCUAUCAAACGCAGAGGACGAAGUGACUACCAGAUCGCCCGGAGUUGUUUGCUUUGGCUAGCCGGCACGUUCACCCCGCUGACGCUUGAUCAACUCAACGAAGCAAUGAUGAUUAAAGUCGGACAAUCAAAUCUUAAUCCGGACCUUGGUGUAAUGGACCCCAUGGAUAUCGUGGCCGCCUGCGGAAGCCUCGUGACUUACAACGAGAAAACUCAGGUCGUCACUCUAUCUCAUUAUAGUGUCAAAGAAUAUUUGAUCAGUCGUCCUAAUAACAUCUUCAAAUCAAUCUCAGACAUGCACGCACGGAUCUGCGAGCUCUUGAUCACGUAUGUGUUAUGCGACUUUGUGGAUGAGAUCUGCGCAAAACGUGAACAUCCAGCUACACAACCAUAUUGGUUGGAACGUUGUGCUGAUGUUGCCGAUGUCAGCAAAGACCAUCCGUUGCUAAGCUAUGCAAUUCUAGGAUGGAAGCACCUUGGACAUGUUUCGGAUGAGGAUCCGGAUGUUAUGCGCGCCCUGUCACGGCUGAACUUGGAGUUUCUUCGAAACAAAAAGAAACAUCGUGUUCUUGCAAUUCGACAGAGUAGAUUUCGCUCCAUUACUACUACUACCAAUAGGUGGUUGAGUGCUGCCGUGACUUUACCCUCACUUCUAUUCAUCCCACUUAAGCACGGCAAGCCGUGGAUGGUCGAAUCUCUAGUCAAGCAACAUCCCUAUCUCCUGGACGUGGAUGUCGCCCCUGGUUGGGGUUCUCCCUUCAUGUUUGCCAUUGCCAAGAGUUCUGACUGCCUCAGUAUUUUCCUGAAGCCAGGUGACCACCUCAACAAGCUUUCUUCCAUCAGCCCCCAUUCAUACGGAAUUUGGAUUAGCGACGGCUCCUAUGCUCCAAUUUCCUGGGCAGCUGCGACUGGUAGCGAAGUCGCCGUGGAUUUCUUGCUGUCACAUACAGGGGUCAACCUACCCAACGAUAUCCUGUAUAUGGCUGCUAUGGCGAACAAACCGUCACAUGAAUCUAUACGCAAAUUUCGCCUGCGCGGUGCGGAUGCCAAUUUCACAGUUGACGGUCAUACCCCUCUCCAUCGUUUUCUCUCCAAUCGGCCAUUCUCUAGCAAACUCCAACCGCUACACAUCGUAAAAGCGCUCGUUGAACCGUCUUGUAAUCUUUCUUUGCAAAACCGGACUGCCCGAACAGUACUACACAUUGCUCUUGAUAACUAUCUGGAAGAUAGUGUCGCAUACCUUCUCGAGCAAAACGCUGGGCUGUCAGCAACGGCGACUCUGCUUCCAGACAUGUGGAUCUGGGCUAUGAACAAGACGUGGUUUCCCAAGGUUCAAGAAGCGGUUCUUGCUGCAGAUCGACCGUGCACCAGAAUUAAGGGAAAGGUUGAUGUUACUGCGGAAUCCGCAAUCGUCGAGUUUUCAGUCGCAGCCACUGCCGGCCGCGAUAACCCUAAUCCGAUUUGCGCUGUCGUUGUUUCAGCGAUACUCAAUAGCGAGUUCGAGGUGUCAACAUUCGGCCUGUACGUUAAUGCCAAGCUUUCAUAUUGUAACCAGUCACUUCAAAAGAAAGUCCAAGAAUCCCCGAAAUAUAAUUCCCCCAGACUCGAGUUAGACUUUGCAUGGGAAAGUGGACAGCGUAUCUCUAGUCGCUUGUUCGAUUAUCAUCAAGAAGACAAAGUUACCAGGAUGCUACAGCAGUUAACCGAAGAUGAAGACUUGACGGGCACCUCCCUUUUUCUUGAGUUGCGCAGUCACACGUCCUGUGUCUCUGAACUUGAGUACAUACUCGACAUCUAUAGAGGUCCUUUGCCUUAUUCUUGA